CUCUGGAAUCUGGAACGAAGAAGAAACUCCUUUUAGUUUUUCUUUUUAGUAGUUUCUCAUCAUCGGUCGUGCUGUGUUGUCUCAAUUUCAAGACUUUAACCAAAAAUCAGAGUGUUCUCGCACAAAACAAAACAAAUUCGAUUGUUGCAAAAAAUUUUCACUCAACACUACUUUUUUCUCUUUUAACUGUGAAAUUUCUAAUUUUAUCUAAUUGAUAAGAAUUCCACGUGAAUUUUUUAUGUUAUCAAUUUUUAUAUAUUUUUAUGUGCGUUCCAGUUUGAAGUAAAAAUAAAAUUAUAACAAAAAAAAAUAUGUAAAAUCAAAAUGUGCUCCUUUGUGACACCAAUACCAACAUCAAUAUCUCCACUGUCGUUUUUCAUGCUUCUGAUUCACUCUUGCCUCUUGGCAUCCUAAUCAAGUUUAAAAGAGAUAGCUCUAUCUGUACGUUCACGUAUUCAAAAAAUCGGAGUAUAUCCCACACUACCACUACCAACGUGUACCAAGGGAUGAAAUGAGAUUUCUGUUUUCUUUUUGGAAUUUGUAUCGCAACUUGCCGUUGUCGUCGUUCUUCAUCGCUGUCGUCGUAGCUUCGUCCUUUUUCCCAGUGCGCGAUAUGCUUCAAUUCAAUUGUGUGCUUUAAAUUUAAAAAAAAUCUCAAUUGCAGUGAAUAAGGUUUGAUUUAUCUAAAAUUUAAGAAAUUGUUUUAUCAAAGUCCACAAAAAGCCUGUAUUUCUUUACUUCAUGGAGGUGAGAAUGUGUGAUAAAAUGCGAAAAACAUCUAGGCAUCAUCAUUUACCUUCUGUGUGAAGUGAAAGUGAGUGUUAUAUAAAUAUAUAUUGUAUAUAUAUAUAACAAGGACGACGUAUAGUUUUGGUGUAAGAGAAAAGAAGAAAUAUACAAAAAAAAAAAAAAAAAACCGGGAGCACUAAAGCACCCCACCCUCUUGCUCUUGUCCGGGCGAAUCUCUGUGAUUCCUUUUAUUGUCACAUUUUAUAUUGUCGUUGUCGUUGUAUCAAUCUAAUAAUAGUGCCAAUUGCGGUUUGAAAAAAGAAAUUAAACAAAAAAAAAAAACAGCUCUUUGCCACCUCGAGCAGUGGGUGAAGUGAAGCGAGAACUCCACCAUCUCGAAUAUUUCUCCACCCAUCAUAAUCGUCGCCACAUUCUCACCAUCACCAUCAAAAACAACAACCUUCAACAACCAUACUAACACAAACCAGAGCCAGCCAGAGUGUGUAGCUCUACCUACAAAAUAAAAAGGAUAAACUUACACUUUUAUGACGUCAGCGAGAGCUGAAGGAGCAAACAGUAUCAUCAGCAUCAGUUUCAGUACGAGUAGCAGCAGCAUGGACCAACCCAGUAUCCUUGUGCGAAUUCUACAUGCGAUUCCGCAUGUGAAUUACACAUUUCGUCGGGUUAAUGACACUUUCAAUCCGGACAGCGAUAUUUAUCUCGAGAGCUUGGGUAUAUUAGCGUCCAUCCCCGCCGCAUUACUUAUAUUAUCGUUAUUUGGUUUACUGCUGUAUUUAUUGACAAGAUGCUGUGAUCGAAAGCCAAGGAAACCAAGUACACAGAGAUGUCAAAACUGCACACUGGUUAUCAUCACAUUGAUGUGUUGUGCAGCGAUUGGUUUAGGUUUAUAUGGAAACGAUGAUUUCCACAAUGGCUUGUUGCAAGCCUUUAGUUCCGGUAAACAAGUCGAAGGACUUGUAGGAAAUUUGAAAAAACAGACUGAAUCCAUUAAAAUUAAUCUCGAGACAAAAGUCCAAAGCUACAAUCUGGAAGAACAAAUUGACAAAUCGAAAUACAAUCAAACUGCAGUUACAAUUCUGCUAGACACAUGUCGUUUGGUGCGCGAUAAUACCUCUAGAGCCGUAACCAGCUUAGACAACAUGGUUCUAUAUUUUAUGAAAACGAAGGGAACCGAAAAUGAUACCUCUCUUAAAGGUGUUUUACAUCUAGGUGAAUUAUACGAAUCAAUACGUUGGCCAGCAACAUUGGGUUUUCUUACUCUGCUGCUACUCCUGUGCACGAUAUUAGUAAUAGGUGUAGCGAGACGUUCACGAUGUGCUUUAAUAUUCUUCAGUGUUUCCGGUUUAUUUUGUAUAAUAAUUUGUUGGCUGUUAUCCGGUAUUUAUUUGGCAUCAUCGGUAGCAGCGGGUGAUUUUUGUAUGCGACCGCACGAAUUUAUGUGCCGCCAAGUUGGAAUGCGGAGCCCCUACGUCUACUUUCUAAAUUGCGGUACUCUUAGGAAUCGUUUCAUUCUACGUUUGAAUGAGUCCAGAGAUUUGGUCGAACGUGCUAGAGAAUCUGUUUACCUAGUAUCAAGGAUGAGCCAAGAUGUCUCUCCGCGUAUUGACAUCCGCCACACACUCGAACGAAUGGACAACGACCUCGAGGAAACCAAACGAAAUUUGAGUGUUUUGUCAGCGACGCUGGAUCGUCGGUUCAUAGACAAACAUUAUGCGGAUGCCCUCAGGGGCUUAUGUGGUGGAGGUCUUCUUGGUCUGAGUCUGAUGAUGGUGGCCGGCUUACUCACAUCAUUCUUGCUCACUAUUCUUGUCUAUGCAGAUUCACACGCCUGGAUAUAUCUAACAAAAAGACCACCCAUGGAGGCUGAUAAAUCCGAAACAACUCCACUCUUCCCAAUAUCCUCGGCGCCGAACGCAUCGAUAUCACCCACCCUUCCAGCUGGCACAGGGACCAUUAAUCGAACUUUACUCCACCAUCAACAGGCGCACAGUGGUACUCUGAGUGCGGGUGGUGGAGUGGGUGGAACCGGUGGACACCAUCAUCGAAAUGGAACCGCGGGAUUGAGAUCAGGGUUGGCAUACACAGCAACUACUUCCCCUAACACUGUUGGAGGUGGUGAUGGAAACUCAUCACCGCCGCCCGGUUAUGAUGUUGUGGUGCAUGGCACAAGGAGUGGCCACCACACAUUGGGUCGGUUACCAUCUCAACAAUCGGCAUAUUUAGCCGGCCCAAAUAAUGGCAAAUAUGCCACCCUUAGCAAACAGUGUAAAACGCUAGAAUCCAAUGACUUUUACUGA